AUGUCUUCUAUCGAGGUCGAAAAGGCGACAAGUCUCUUGUCGGAGUAUCUUGGCAAGACCUUGCGUGUCCAUACUGAUGAUAAACGCAUAUUCGUAGGCCAGAUGAAGUGCACAGACCGAGAAUGCAAUAUCAUACUAGGUCUUACGCAGGAGUAUCGUCCUCCAGCUGAAGACCUGGUGAGAGAUGCGGCUGUAAGAGCAGGUGGCACCCCUCUGCAUAUGUCCUACUCGCACCGCUUCGUCGGCUUGGUUGUGGUGCCGGGCAGGCAUAUUACCAAGAUUGAGCUAGAAGAGCACAUUACGACAUGA